AUGGCUGCUACAUUACCAGAUCUUUGUUUUGAAGAAAUAUUCAGUUAUUUCAAAUAUGACUAUUCUACUCUUUUUAGUUGUCUUUUAACGAAUCGAGUUUGGUGUAGAAAUGCUGUACCUUACCUUUGGAAAUGUCCUUUUCGAAACACUUUACCUACUCUUAAUGCUUAUAAUUUGAUAAGAACUUACCUUUCUUGUCUAAAUAAUGUUGAACUUAAUAUUCUUAAUUCACAUGGACUUUAUGUUACUGACAAAAAUGCAAUAUUUGAAUAUGGAAGAUAUGCAGAAGAACUUCCUUUCAAAUAUUUGAACGAUGCAAUUUAUAGUUGGAUGAAAUUAAAAGUUGAUUUUUGGAAAUAUGAAAAAAUGUUACAACCAAUAAGCACCGUAAUUUGUCAUAUGCUUAUGCGUCAAGAAGCAAACAUAAAAAUGGUAGGAAUAAAAUUUUAUGAAUCGGAUAGAGAAAAUUUUCCGGAACUCGGAGCUUUUUCAGAAUAUCUAAAUUGUUUGAGUAGAAUAAGAAAUCUCGAAUUAUAUAUAGAUCGUUAUCGCACUUUUAAGAGAUCUCAAAGUUUUUUGGGAUUUUUAUUUCAAAUCUCGACAUCUUGUUCCAACAUUUCUCGUCUGAUAAUAAAUUUAAAUAAUAAUUCUAAUUUUCAUUCAUUAUCACCUGAUGUUAUAGCUGAAAUUAUUUUAGCACAAAAGAAUAUUAAAGAAAUUAGUUUAAAUGGAAUUCUUACACCAACAAUAAUUUAUGCAUUACAAAGACAAGUUCAUUCAUUAAAGAUAUUAAAAUUUAAAAAUGUAACGUUUAAAGGAAUAUCAUUUACAUGGUUAAAUAGAUGUAAAAAUUUGGAAACUAUUGCAUUUAUAAGAUGUAAUGGAAUGUUUCUAGAUUCAGGAUUAUCAUAUUUAACAACAAAUAUUAAAAACUUGGAAAUAUUGGAUGACAGAGAAAAUUUUACUUCUUCAAGUGUAACAGAAGUUAUUUGUAGUAUUGGUGAAAAUUUAAUAACACUCAAAUUAAAUACAAUAGAUAGUAACAUUAUGAAUGUGAUUUCUAUUUGUUGUUUAAAUCUUAAAUUUAUUGAUGUGGAAGUUUCAGGUGAGAUGUAUACAGUUAUAAGAAGAUGGAUUGAAACUUUACCAGUUAAAUCAUUUAAUUUACGAAGUGAUGAUGAUGAUAAAUAUAUUAUUGACGAAUCUGAAAUUGGCGAAGCUGACGUUGACAAAAUUGAUGAAAGUGACGAAUUUGAAGAAUUUGACGGAUUUGACAAUGAAUGA